AAUUAUAAAGUUAUAUGUUAUAGAAAACCUAAAUUAUUCCGAAUUAAUUAAAAACGGAACAUAUAUACAUUUAAUUAAAACAUUUUUCAUUACAAAUAAAAACAUACAUUGUUUACCUUAAAAAAAGUGAAAUUAACAGUAAAAAUCAAAAGAAAAAUUUAACAACCAGAUGACAGUUAAAAAAAGAAUAAUACAAAUUUUCAGUACAGCAAUUACAACAAAAAAGAAACCAAAAAAAUAAAAAAAUAACAAUAACUAAAAAUGAUACCAGAUAUUAUAACGAAAGCAACAAUGACAGCUGUAACAGCGACAGCAAUAACAUCAAGUAUAACGAAAGCAAUAUAUACAGUAUCACCAUCAACAGCAGCAACAAAAACAUUAUUAUCAUCGACAUUAUCAUCAUCACCAACGAGAACAGCAACAAUAUCAGCAACAUCACCAUCGACAACAUCAAUUGUGCAACGACAUCGAUUAACAAUCGAAAAAUUGCGACAUCGAGUGCAUCAAAUAUUGAAAUGUGUAAUUAAUUUGCAUAUUGAUAUAUUGGUCCUGGAAUCGAAUGUCAAUCAACUAUUAGAUGAAGUAAAAGAAUUCAAUGCCGAUUUAAUGGAAGUCAAAAGAUUAGAUGAUCUUAUAGAGACAUUAAGAGAUUACAGUGGACCCACUAUAUAUCAUGAAUGGCCAUUUCCCUUAGUAUGUCAAGCAACUAUAGAUGAAGCUGAUUUAGCACAAACACUCAAUACAACAACGUGAUGUUCAUCGAACAUCUACUCAUAUAAACGAACGCAGUUAUAACUCUGAAAUCAUUCCCCCCUCCCCUUUUCACCUGCCCCAGCAUUUAAUUAUACAAUGAACUGUUAUUUAUAUAAUAUUUUUUUAUUAAAAUAUUAAUUUACUUGUAAUUUUUAACAAUAUGUAAAUUUUUGUUUAUUUUUUCCCCCUUUUUUCUAAAUAAACAAUAAAGAACAAAA